UUUUUUUUUUUUUACUUUAUGAAACAAACAACAAAUUAUUUGAUAGUCUGAUAACAGACAAGAUUGUAUGACUAUGACACAUCUACCACGUUGUUACCACCCCCGAGGUAUCUGUAGUUCUGUUUCUCACACAGGGAUUCACACUUCAGACCUGCACUCGACUCGUAUGUUGUUUCCAGACCGUCCUUUCAAAUUAAAGGAUCUUGAUUCUUAACCAGAUUCCAGUCCAGCAUCAAAAAAUGAAUUUCUCCUCUUCUACCACCCCCUUCCUCUCCCUCCACCCUCCACCUCCUUCCUCCUCCCCUGGCCUCUCUCAAAUCCUGAGCACUGUCUGCCUGACCUUGGCAUUUAUUCUGGGUUUCCCAGGGAACUUGUUUGUGAUGUGGACAGUGUUGUGUCGUGUGGAUCGGCGCUCCGUCACCUGCCUGCUGGUCUUGAAUCUGGCAACAGCGGACGCCCUGGUUCUGCUCAGCACUCCCUUCUUCAUACGUUCUGCCACCCGGGGCCAAGGAUGGGAGUUUGGGCUGGCCUUCUGCAAGCUGGUUCAUUACCUCUGCAGUGUCAACAUGUACGCAUCUACCUUCCUCAUCACCGCCAUGAGCCUCGACCGUUUCCUGGCCGUGUCCCGUCCCUUCCUGUCACAGCAGCUGCGCACCAAGAGGGCUCUCCUCAAGACUCUGCUGGUCAUCUGGAGCCUGGCAUUCCUCUUCGCGAUUCCCAUGUUCUACCGCCAGGUUUUCUCAAAAGGAGAAUUGUUUUACUGUUUACCGUGCCACAAUGAUCCAAAGCACUUGGUUUUGCAAUACCUGUUGGAGACCAUCGCUGGGUUCCUGAUUCCCUUUUCCAUUAUCCUCUUCUGCUCUUUAUACAUUUUCUGGAAAUUGAGAAGCGUGUUUGAGAACAAAAGCAAACAGAUUAUCCUUCCCAUUGUGGUCGCUUUCUCUGUCUUCUGGAUGCCCUACCACAUUGUGAACCUCAUCCAGGUUUCGGAUGCUUUAGCUGGGGAAGAAUCACUCAACAAGGCCUUCCUGGAUGUGGUGCACACCACCAAAUCCACCCUGACGGCCUUUGCCUUCUUUAGCAACAGCAUCAACCCCAUUCUCUACAUCUUUGCCGGGAGCUCUUACAUCCAAAGCGACGGAAUCAAUUUCAUCGCUGUCAUGUUGGAGAAAACCAAUUCCUAAAUGCUGGGAUCAAGGACUUUUCCCCAAUCAAGCAAAGCAAAUGCAAGACGGACUGAAUCCUUAGGCUUAGGAAAUUCAUCAGAAAAUAAAACUCUUUCCAUGUCAACUUGACGCAAUCCAAUGUCUACCAGUAGAGCUUGGUUGGAAGUUCUACUGAUAGAAACUCAGACCUUGGCUAUAAUAUAUGAAGGGCUUCUUUUUAGCUAUUUUUGAGUUUUAUGUAAAUCGUUUUUUUUUUUUUUUUUACAAUGUUACCUGUAAAAUAAUAAUUUCUGGUAUCAACUCCAACUGGGAUCUCUGCUGGCAGAAUUACAAUGUAUGGAAAGUAUGAACUCAUAUUUUUUGGUGAUACGUUUUUAAUGGGAUUAGUUAAAAAUUAUAUAAAUACAUGUAUGGCAAGUAUUGGGGUGUGUAGAUCAUAUAGUCUUUGUAUUUACAAAUAUAUUGCAAAUGUCGUGGAUAUUUUAAUUUUAACAGAAUUGAAUUAAAUCUUUAAACUAAUUUGUCUAACUUUGCCUAGCGAUAAUGAUCAAUCUAACACCUGAAUGCAUCAGGCACUCAGGAAACAAAAGGCUGAUCAAACCCAUCUCUGCAAUUGAAUUACCCAGUCUAGUGAGAAAAGGAUGGUUUAACACAAGCCUGAAAGAAAGAGAAAAAUGACUUUAAAUUAGCUUAAAGAUUUAGAGAUUGAAGACAAAUGUCACAUUGUAUUGAUUUAAAACCACUACUAAAUCUGAAUUAUUUAGCAAAAGUUAUGCACGUUUUAAAAGAUCAGACAAAAGGGGGAGAGAUCAAUCAAGAUUGCAAGCCCAUUCAGGCACAAACUAGCCAAUCGGAGCAUGUGGCAGGAAAUUCAAACCAUCUCUUUUUUUAAGUAUAGACGCUGACUGUAAACAUUAGCUCCUUGGUUCUCUGAUUGCUCCCUGAUCUCCUGACUGCCCCACAGAUCUCCUGAUCUCCUCUGAUCCCUGCUCGCUCACGUGGAGUCCUCAGCUCUCAGUAUCUAUCUAUCCAUCUAGGUCAGGGGCCCUGACACUCAGAGAAACACAAGGUAGCAGAACGCUGAAUGUGACUGCUUUCCAAGCUAGGUAACAAUACUCUUAAAUAUCUAUUCAGGUAUUGUGCGAUCCCUUGUUGUAAUGUCAGUAAGUACUAAUAUUUCUUUGGUGAAUUGUCAUUUAAAUCCUUAGUUCUCAUUGUAAUGCUUUU